AUGGACUCUUCAAUGGACUCAAACAACCAUUCACCAUCACCAUCAUCGAUUCGAUUGAUCCUCUUAUCAAACCAAAUCGAACCUGAACUUCAUUUCGGAUUAAACCAAUUCUCUACAAACUCAAUCAGACCUAAUCUUAAUUUCAUUCAUCAAAACCAUGACCAAUCAAUAAAAGAUUAUAAUCAUCAAAUCAAUACAACUAGAACGAUUGAAUCUAAAGCUUUUUUACCUUCUUUUGAAGAAGAAAUCCGAAAUGAUUUAGAUCAAGAAUAUUGGUGGUUUAUCAAAUUCAAAUUUGAUUCAAACCUUUUAGAAAACCAAUUCAAGAUCCAAACCUCAAAUCCAAGUUUUCAUGAGUUUUCAAAUACGUCAUCAAAUCAUUUAACGGAUUAUAUAAGUUCGAUUAACCAAAACCAAGUCAUUCCACAUUUCUCAAUCACCAUCACUUACAAACGAAAAUCCGAAGCCUUUAGAUCGAUUGGACAUUUAUUAACUUUAACUCGUAUCAAAGAACAUGAUAAGAUCUUGAUGAAAUUAAAUGAUUAUCAUCAACUUUCUAGAUUUGAUUGUUUAGGACUUAUGAUUGAUUGUUCUAGAAAUGGUGUACUUAAAUUGAUUAGGAUUCAAGAGUUGUUAAGGUUUAUGGCCUUGAUGGGUUUGAAUAUGUUACAACUUUAUACUGAAGAUACUUAUCAGAUUGAAAAUGAACCGUUUUUUGGGUAUUUUAGAGGUCCUUAUAAGUUUGAUGAAUUAAAAGAAAUCGAUCAUUAUGCUGAUUCACUUGGAAUAGAAGUGAUUCCUUGUAUUCAAACUUUAGGUCAUUUAGGUCAAAUGUUACAAUGGCCAAGGUAUGGAGGAAUGAGAGAUACACAUGAAGUCUUAUUAGUUGGAAGUGAAGAAGUUUAUCAAUUUAUUGAAAAGAUGAUUGUUUCGAUUACAAGUCCUUUGAAAAGUAAGAAAAUUCAUAUUGGAAUGGAUGAAGCUCAUGGGGUUAGUGAAGGUAGGUAUCGUCAAUUGUUUGGUCAUCAUGAUAGUACUGUUGUGUUUACGAAUCAUUUAAGAAGAGUGAAUGAAAUAUGUAAAAAACAUGAAUUAAAACCGAUGAUUUGGUCUGAUAUGUUGUUUUGUUUAGAAGCUAAAAAUAAUUCAUUAGGUGCUUAUUAUGAUUCGAAUCAUUUGAUUUCAAAUGAAUUGGUUCAAUCUAUUCCGGCUGAAAUCGAUUUGGUUUAUUGGGAUUAUUAUCAUACUACUCCUGGACCUUAUGUUAAUAAGAUUCAUCAACAUCGUCAAUUGAAUUUCAAAACGCCUGCAAUGGCAAGUGGGAUUUGGACUUGGUCUAGGUUUUGGACUGCUUUACCAUUUACGAUUGAAACGAUUGGUGCUAGUAUGAAAGCUAUUAAAGAUCCAAGUUUGAAUGUGAAGAUUGCAAUGACCACAAUAUGGGGAGAUGAAGGAAACGAAUGUGAUAUAAGAACUGAGAUUAGAAACCUAAUUAGUUGGUCGGCUUUACCUGGUUUACUUUAUUUUUCGGAACAUGGAUUCACAUUGGAUUUAGAAGUGGAUUUGGAGUUUUUGAAAGUUAAAUUUGAUGGGAUUUGUGGUGGUUCGUUUGAUGAUUUCUUGAUGGCUUCUAAAUUAGAUGAUUUACAACCUGAACAUCAAUUGAUUGAUGAUAAAGCGAGGUUUACACCUAAUCUUAGUAAAUGGUUAAUUUGGGAGGAACCAUUUUAUUCGAUUUUAUCACCACAAUAUGCAGGACAUGAUCUUGAAACACAUUAUAAUGAAUUAUCGAAAAGUUUAUCAAGAGCGAUUACGAAUUCUACUCAUCAAGAAAAGAUUGAGUAUCCAUUAAAUCAAAGAUUGAAAUUACCUAAACUGAUUGCAGAAGUGUUAAGUUUGAAAUGUCAUUUGAGAGAUCGAUUAGUUCAGGCUUAUGGAAGAUUAGAUGUAGAAGAAUUAAUGGCUUUAGCUGGAUAUGAUUCGAUGAGUAGGUUGAGUAGAUUGAUUGGUUUGGUUAAGGUUAUGUGGAUUUAUCAUCGAGAACUUUGGAUGUCUAUGUAUAAGCCAUUUGGUUGGGAAGUUUUAGAACUUAGGUAUGGUGGAUUAAGGUCUAGGUUAGAUACCAUGCAUUAUAGAUUAAAUGAGUUUAUUCAAGGUAGGUUAGAUAGGUUAGAAGAAUUAGAAGUUUCAACUGAAUUGGUUUAUCCUACUAGUGGAGCAGUGAUGAUGUUAGAUUAUCAUAGGGUUAGUAGACCUCAGUAUUGUUAA